CCGGCGCGGGAGGCGGAAGUGCCGCGGGCCGCCGCCUCCGUCCCGGUUGCGGCCCCUGCCGGUUACAUAACUGGUUGCCGGCUCCGCGCGGCCCCACUUCCCGGCUGCCUGCGACCCGGGGAUGCGCUGAGCCCCACGACGCCGCCAGCCGCCGCCGGCUCCCGCCCGAGGUGUGGAUGACAGAGGUGGUGCCCUCCAGCGCCCUCAGCGAGGUCAGCCUGCGCCUGCUCAGCCACGAUGACAUAGACACUGUGAAGCAGCUCUGCGGCGACUGGUUCCCCAUUGAGUACCCAGACUCAUGGUAUCGUGAUAUCACGUCCAACAACAAGUUCUUCUCCCUUGCUGCUACGUACAGAGGCACCAUCGUGGGAAUGAUAGUAGCUGAGAUAAAAAGUAGGACCAAGAUCCAUAAAGAGGAUGGAGACAUUUUAGCCUCCAGCUUCUCUGUCGACACCCAAGUUGCGUACAUCCUAAGCCUGGGAGUAGUGAAAGAAUUCCGAAAGCACGGCAUAGGUUCCCUUCUGCUCGAGAGCCUGAAGGAUCACAUAUCGUCGACCGCCCAGGACCACUGCAAAGCCAUCUACCUGCACGUGCUCACCACCAACAACACAGCCAUCAGCUUCUACGAGAACAGAGACUUCAAGCAGCACCACUACCUCCCCUACUACUACUCCAUCCGGGGCGUCCUCAAAGAUGGCUUCACCUACGUCCUCUACCUCAACGGCGGCCACCCACCGUGGACCAUCCUGGACUACAUCCAGCACCUGGGCUCGGCACUAGCCAACCUCAGCCCAUGCUCCAUCCCGCAGAGGAUCUACCGCCAGGCCCACAGCCUGCUCUGCAGCUUCUUGCCGUGGUCGAGCAUCUCCGCCAAGGGUGGCAUCGACUACAGCCGGACCAUGUGAGGCUGGCCGGCCGGCGCCACAGCCCACCCCUCGGAGCCUGCGGAGCCGCCUUCCAGCCCACCGGACCUCUGCUGCCCAAGCUGCAGGCUCGGAGCACACCUGGUGUCUGACAGGGCAGCUGGUCCAAGACCCCAGAGAACAUCGGGGCUGGAAGGGCCCACGGGGCUUCCAGAGUGCACCCCGUUUGCAGCAUGGACGUGGCCCCAAGAGGUCGGGACCUGGGCCCAAGCUCCUGCAGCAGGGCCCGCGCCGACCACGCUGGGAACCAUGUUGGGGAGAUCUGCUCCGAUUCCUGCUGGGGUCCGGGGGAACUGCAGCCUCCACUCCUCUCCUGCGCUCUCUCCCACAGCUAGAAUGGACUUGCUGCUGGGAGGCAGGGACCCAAGUGCUGCAGACAGACAGACUGGACUCUAAAGAUACAGGAACAUAGGACAACCUGGGACGAGGUGACGGAAAUGCCAGCCCAGAAGACCAGAGUCGGGGUGACAGCCCCUGCCCCUCCACAGGGGUACAGCACUCCAGGACUCAGUUCCCUGCGCCACAGCCGGGAAGCGGAUCCCUCCAGUGGCCUCCCCCUGCUGGCCACCCCCUGUCCUGGAGGGAUCUCAGCUGCUCAUUGGAUCACGGACUGCGCCAUCCCGCUGAAGUGCCGCUGUGACCUGAGCUGAGGACAAGUGCCCCACGGGUUCCCCAGGCCGGCCUCGCCCUGCUCAGCCUCCCAGGUCCUUCCCUGAGCCACAGCUCUGAAGCUCUGAGUCCCGGUGGACUGUGACGUUGCGGCUGCCUGGCCUUGGGGUGGGGUGGGCAGUCCCACACCUGGUGGGGCCUGGGCGGUGACGGGAGAGGCCGUGCGUCAGUGCCGGAAAAUGUGCUUGCAGCAUGCCGCGUGCAUCCACCAUGUGCUUCUGGCAUCUUCCACCCUUGUGCCCCAAAGCCCCUUGCUGCUUUUCUGCCUUCCAAAGCAGCCGUGGGGGCAGAGUCACUCCCCAUGUGGCCCCAGCAUCCCAGCAGGGGCAGGCAUGGCCUCGGCAACUCGGGUCCUUCCCGGCUGGGGCUGUUGGUGCUAGGGCCGCCCUCGCCUCCUCUCGGCCUUGCAUCGGGGAAGGGGUCCUUGGAACGGAGGCGAAUCCCAGGGCAGGAAGAGCCUGUCUCCUUCCCUGGCCGGCUGCCUGCCCUGUGUUUAUGGUGCCGGCCGGCAGGCUCGGGCCUUGCUGCACUGACCAGCCCGAGCCGCGAGCUGAUAUUGGCCUCGUGCUGAGGCUUCUCAGUGUGCUGUCCCCUCUAAUCUGAAUCAACGGUGAUCAUGUAAUUUCUACUUCUGCCCCGUGGGGUGAGAGAAGAGUCUUCCGAAGGGUUCUGCCCUGGACGUUUGUAACCAAGCUCCAUUGCCUUGCCCUGCCCCUCCCUGCCCUCCAAUCACCGUGGUGUCCAGCCCAGUGUUGACCGAAUUGUAGUGUCCUGUCUCAUUACAAACAAAUCAGUAGACUUGA